UAGUCCACCAUCUCUAAGCCCAACCCAAAACUCUUGCAAGAUUCUUUUCUUUGAGCGUAAGAAACUUAUACAAGAAUUUAAAUAAAAAAUAGAAACAAAUUCCUUUUUCUCCUCACAGUGUUCUCGGUGGUUCUUCAUUUCCUGCUCAUUUUGCUUCGUCUUUCCCACCACCCAGAAUUUUCUACAGUAGAGAAGAGAAAGUUGAGAGAAAACUCGACGAUGUCGGCGAUUGAGUACUUGGAAGCAGUCAACAGUUCGAAUCCAGAGCUUGGCGAUUGGUACAGUUCUUUCGCACAUCUGUAUACCAAGGAGCUAUGGCAUCAACUUACUGUCGAGCUCGAGAAGUUCAUCGCUCUCCCCGUCUUCCAGACUGGUGAUGCCCUGAUACCAUUCUAUCACAAUUUCAUCACUGACUUUGAGACAAAGAUAAAUCUUCUUAAGCUUGCUCAUUUUACUGUCAUAGUAUCCCGACAGUAUGCGGAGAAAGAAGCAGCUAUUGGUUAUCUUGAAGGGGUGAUUGAAAAGCUUCAUGCUACAAAGGAGAAUCGUAUAGAGGAACCUGUCCUCUAUGUAAAGAUGCAGAUUGCUUUGCUUAAGCUUGAGCAAGGGGAACACAAAGCUUGCAAGAAGCUCUUGGAAGAUGGAAAAACCACACUUGACAGCAUGACUGAUAUUGAUCCAUCAGUUUAUGCUAGUUUCUAUUGGGUCUCAUCUCAGUACCAUAAAGCACGCCAGGAGUUUGCUGAGUUCUACAAAAGUGCUCUCCUUUAUCUUGCUUACACAUCAGUGGAAUCUCUUUCCGAAUCAUUCAAGCUGGACUUGGCUUUUGAUCUUUCAUUGUCUGCACUGUUGGGAGAGAAUAUCUACAACUUCGGAGAGCUACUUGCCCAUCCAAUUUUGAAGUCUCUUCUCGGGACAAAGGCCGAGUGGCUUUACUAUAUCCUGCAAGCAUUUAAUAGUGGCAACUUGAUUCGAUAUCAAGAACUAUGCAAUGUGCACAAAGAUGCUUUGAAUGCACAACCAGCAUUGGUUGCUAAUGAAAGAAAGCUUUUGGAGAAGAUAAAUAUUCUCUGCUUGAUGGAAAUCAUCUUCAACCGACCUGCAGAAGACCGAACAAUUCCUUUGAAGGUCAUCGCUGACCGCACUAGGCUGUCUAUCGAAGAUGUUGAGUAUCUUCUCAUGAAAAGUCUCUCUGUUCAUCUUAUUGAGGGAAUCAUUGAUCAAGUUGAGGGGACAGUUCAUGUAUCCUGGGUGCAACCAAGAGUAUUAGGGAUUCCGCAAAUCACGGCUCUGCGUGCCCGGCUCGAUAAUUGGCUGGGGAAAGUACACACCACGUUGUUGUCUGUUGAAGCUGAAACACCAGAUCUGAUCGCGUCAUAGUUUCUGAUGUGCGGAGAAGCUUCUAGAACUAAUUCAUAGCCUGCUCACAAAAUCACAUGAUGCUGCAUCAGUUAGUGCACCUGAACAUAUGAUCUUGUUAAUUUGUUAGAAGAAUGCAAGGCCUCUGAUAUGAUCUUCUAGGUAUAUACAUGAUGUUACACCCUCUGGAAUUCACUCAAUAUUUUGAAAAUCAAUACUGAAACUACUGCUGCGAAUUCACGUCUUUUGUAUGUGAAGGAGUUGGUUUCUUGAGAUCCCAGUAGUUGCUUUUUUGUUAAACAAACAUGCACAAGUUCUCUCAAUGAAGCUGCAAUUGAUUUUUAGGUUGUUCAUAUUCACUUCCUUUCCUUAACAGAAUUACAUUGUUAGUUUGUUUCAGAACAGAUAAUCUGCACACCUUUUCAUUUAUGUGAAAAUAGCAGCAGAUUGAUACUCGAGUUUGUUAA